AUGAAACUAUGUAAUAUCAUCAUUUUUUUAAAAGGAUUUGGGGCAGCUGCUUGUGAUGGUCCUGGUAUUGGAGAUUAUCAAGUAGCUAUUCCUACCAACUUACUUUUUAACGGUGCUCGUGUUCCUAAUGAU